ACUUGAUGCUAUACCCAGAUAUCCAAACAAUUACUACAGCAACGUACCAUCACUUCAUUCAAGACAUCUUCAAAUGCAGAAGGUUUCAUUUUAUAUGACCCUACUACCCACAUGCCUGGGUUAACCUCGUGCCUAACCAGCUCAGCUCAAACAGAUUGCCUACAUUGGUAGGUAGCUGGUGACCAGCCUCAUUACACUGGUGCGCGGACCAGGGCUGUUCGUUACCGCCUGCAUAAAAUUUGCCAGGGAAGACACUACUACCAUGUGUAAGAGAAGACCAUGGGGAAAGAAAGAUACUGCAGCGAUUGUCAUCUCAUCUUCGAGUCGCUUCAUGAGCGAACCCGACAUGCCUUCAGCACUGGCCACAUGAGCGAUCGCAGCUGCAUCCCCUGUUCCAGGGUCUUCUACACACCUCGUGGUCUCGAUGCACAUAAGAACUCACACCAGAAUCAUCAGGCAAGGCGCGACGUUGACGAACCCGUUUCAGACCUUACUAGCGGCGCAGCGUGCACAUCAAGCCAGAUAGUUCACAUAGAAACAGCGAUAACUUCUCUCACCGAGUUAACCAUGACUGAGCCUCUCCCUCGCCAUUUCCUUCCCAGUUGGUGGGCUCAAAGCGGUGACUUGGAGGCAGCGCUUCAGCAACGACCUGACCAUGGAUACUCGUGGGCGUCGCCAGUGCUGAACGUGUCCGUGUACCCACUUCUCAAAUCACAGCUACUCGACAGCGAGCGCCGCAAGUCCGAUGGCUUCCCUGUCCCUCUGUCAGUAUUUCAAUACGGACAGAACAUGCGAGGCAACGAAGUGAACAGGAAUAACACACCACUACCUCCACCGGAAGCUGGCAGUCGCCCUGGGUUCAAGACGUACGCCGCCCUAGUUAUCGACUGUGAGAUGGUCGAGCUGGAGGAUCAUGUCCAGGACCUGGUCAGCGUCUCAGUCGUGGACUUCCUCAGCGGUAGCGUUGUGCUGAACACCUUGGUCCAGCCAGUCGGCCGUGUCAAGAAUUGGGUUACCCGCAUCACCGGCGUGACCCCGGCUGUUCUGCGCGACGCGAGGAGUAAAUCAGAGGUGCUGCUGCAGGGAUGGCCAGAGGCGCGCGCAAGGAUCUUCGCCGUCGCGGACUCGGACACUAUCUUCAUAGGCCACGCGCUGCCAAACGAUCUCAAGAUCCUGCGCAUCGCCGCCCGGAACGUUGUCGAUUCCACGGUCCUACUAGCGCAAGCUGCGUUCGGGUCCGUUGAGAGAUUUCCGCGCCGCUGGGCCCUCAAAAUCGCGUGCAAGGAGCUCAUGGAUGUGAAUAUCCAGGCGAGUCGUAAACCGCACAGCCCGCUGGAAGAUACUCUUGCGACGCGCGAAUUGGUCGUCUGGUGCCUGAUACAUCCGUCGAGUUUGCUUGAGUGGGGGAAUAAAGCUCGGAUCGAGUAUGAGAAGGAGAAGAAAGAGCGCGACGAGAAAAGGGCCGAGGCCCAAAGGAAGGCGGCAGAAGAGAGGAGGAUGAAGAUACUGGAAGAAGAGGCGAAGGAGGAGGAGCAGAAGAGAUGCGAACACGCGGCUCUCAGCGCGGGAUUGAGCAAAGAACCAGAUAUUGUCGUGGAAGCUUAGACAUAGGAGACGAGGGGUUUGGCUGGCCUUUUAACCAAUGAAUACUAGCAUCAGAGAGUGGGAAGCCAGACCUAGAGCAACAGAUAGAAAUGGCCAUGAUCUCCUUUCUAUAAGUCAACAUUAGCAAGCAUUCUAUAUUACGUAUGUUUUCAAACCGAAACAGUCCCCAGACUUCCAAUUCUCCCUACUAU